AUGAUCAUUUCAAAAGAGCCGACCUCCCCCCCAACGAUCCUCCAAGCUCUGACACCGGAUAAAGUCACAACCUCCCACUUUACUCACCGACCUCUGGACAACACCCUUCUUGCGGGCAUGGUGCCUAGGAUUCCUGGGACUCCCUCCGCAGUAUCGUCAUCCUCGCCGCUGUUGCGGGCAUCAGCCUCAUCCUCGUCGCUUGCUUCGAUCGACCCACGGUGGAGCUGGGGUCCCAAGCAGACCCUGGUGCGGCGCUAUCAUCGCGCCGUCUGGCCUUCCUACGGGAUCACCACCCCAGUCCCCGAUCGCAGCCCGCAGUUCCCCAUCCUUACAUCGGAAUACAGAUUUCAGACAGGCUACGCUUUGUGCGCCAAAAGGACACCUCGGCCGUUCCCGCCGCCCUUUUUAUCUCCACCCUCGACCUCAUUCUCCGACGCGCUGACGACACAUUACCACAGCCAGGAUAAGAGAUUAUCCGUGAAGGGGGAGCUGAUCCGGGGUCUAAACAACGGCGAUGAUGCGGUCCUGGUUACAGAGAAUAUCCUGGGGGUCAACGACGGGGUAGGAGCGUGGGCUACGAGACCACGCGGUCAUGCCGCACUGUGGUCUAGGCUUAUACUGCAUUUCUGGGCGCUGGAAGUCGAACGAAUACCGAACCCAGAUGCCCCGGUAGAUCCAAUCGCAUACCUGCAACGAGCCUACGAGGAGACGAAACAAGCUACAACGGUCCCGAGCGAAUGGUUCGGGACGACGACCUCAGUAACCGCCCUCCUGCACAAAAGGUUAGACGCAAACGGUACCGAGAAACCAUUGUUAUACGUGACGAAUAUCGGGGACUGCAAGGUCAUAGUCAUCCGGCCAAGCGAGAAAAAGGUCGUCUUUCGGACCGAGGAACAGUGGCACUGGUUUGACUGCCCGAUGCAGCUGGGUACGAAUAGCGUUGAUACACCACAAAAGAAUGCUGUGCUGUCGCAGGUUGACCUGGAGGAGGGAGAUAUUGUUCUCGCGCUUUCGGACGGGGUUCUCGAUAAUCUAUGGGAACAUGAGGUCUUGUCCAUCACAUUGGGAGGCCUCGAGAGAUGGGAGCAUGGUCGAUACGACGAUAAGGAGCUUGAAUGGGCGCCACCGGAGGUGCUUGCAGACGAGAAGAUGGUGUUCCUAGCAAGAGAGCUACUCAAAGCUGCGCUCUCGGUGGCUCAGGAUCCAUUUGCUGAGAGUCCUUAUAUGGAGAAGGCGGUUGAAGAAGGCUUAGCAAUUCAAGGUGGGAAGAUGGACGAUAUAAGCGUAGUUGUUGGCGUGUGCAGGAGGCGUACCUGCGAAGCAGAAACAAGCUACACGAAACUGUCUGAGGAUCAGCCGGCCCCUUGA